UUCAGUUUUAAUAGCGGUGUGUAAACAAAGACGACAUUGUCAGAAAUUGUAAUAUUUUCACUGAAUAUUGUGUUGUGACUUGUACGCAUUGUGAAAUCCAGAAUCUCUUCUCACUCCUCGUCGAGUUGCUGAGAAGAGAGUACGAGAGAGCGAGAAAAUAAGCGCAAAAUAUGCCCAACUUGUGCGCGUUCGCUCUCGUAAGGUUAAGUUUAGUGGUUACAGCGGGCUUGUGAAUGCCGCGCGCGACCAAAAAAAAGGGGAGGGCAACGGGACGGCUGUCUUUGUAUUCGAGUCUUUCGUCGAUUUCUCACAGACAUGGAUUUUGCGUUGGAACGAUUAAACGAGAAACAUAAAACACGUAUCGUUCUCAAGGAGCGUAAUCGUUCUUACACCUGUGGUAGAGGCAAGGACAAUGAUAUUCUUUGUCUUAGUUUACUUGUAUCUCGUAGACAUUGCAUUUUUUUUCGAGACACUGAAAGUUUAUAUGUCACAGACUUACGAAGUUCAAAUGGCAUUUUUAUUAAUGGCGAUGAAAAAAGGUGUCAGCAUACGGUUAAACUAUAUGAGAAUGAUAUCAUUGGAAUUGGUUGCCCUGAAAUUGAUUCAAGUAAAGAGACAUUAUAUGUUUAUAAAGUUUGCAUCAUUAAGUCACCUGAACUUGAUGAAGAAGAAGAAGAAGAAGAAGAAGAAGAAACUGCUGCUUUAUCAAGGACGAUUUUAAAUAACGAUACGUCACUAGAAAUCAUAUCUCACGUAAAUCGUGAUUUUAGAAAAAGACACGGAUCUAAUUUAAAUUGCGAUAUGACAGUACCUAAUAAAAAACCAAGUGUUACGUAUAAUACUAAUAAACAUGAUUCUAGUUCUUCAAAAGGAAUUGAUACUAAUUUAUCUCACGAUGAUCAGACUCUUAACAGCAAUACUACUAAUAAUUUAAAAAUCAGACAUGAUACUAUUGAUAUAAAUGCAGAAGAUGAUAUUGAAAUAAUUCAUGCAUCAUUAGCAGAAGAUGUAAGGAAAAAGAACUCUACGACACAUAAUCUGACAUCUGCAAAAUGUUUAAACGGCAAUAAAUCGAAUUUUGAUGACAAAAUAGAUGUUUCUAGUGUUGAGAAUAACAAUGAAGGCGAUGUUAAUGAUAGAGAUAAUUCAAAUUUUGUACAUAAAGCUGAAAUUAUUAAAUAUGAAAGUGAGCUACAAUUAACAGACGAUGAAGGCGCAAACACAGCUAAACACGAUACAACUUGCAAAUCACCGAUUAAAUUGAAAAAAACAAAACAUGAACCGAAAACGCGAUUUUCUGAGAUCGAUGUUGUCAAUUUAAGUGACGAUGAGGAGGGAGUAUUUCCAUAUUCCCAGUUAUUUGAUAUCAAAUAUGACGAUAGUACAGAGAAUAAGAAAGAGAUAAAACAGGAAUGUACCAACGAUAAUGAACCAAACACCGAGAAAAUUGGUCUGCUAAAUAUCGACGACGAGGUCAUUAUUUUAACAGACAGCGAAGAUGAAGAUAAUCCAUGGUUAGAACGAUUAUCCAGAAGUCAAUUACUCAACGAAGACGUAAAACCUGUUUUGUGUGAUUCGAUCGUAAAAGAUGAAAUCGAUUUGGGUAUUUGGGAUGAUGAAAUUUUGAAUAUCGAAUCGUCUGAGAUAAUCAAACAGUCCGAGAUACCAUGUACUUCCCAGGUUCCUCAUAGUAAAGAAAUGUCUUGUGAACCACGUACAAGCGUUGAUGUUGGAAUUAAAAACAAAGAAGAUGAUUAUAGUACUAAUUUAUCGACCCCAAGAGUGGAUUCGAUGGAUAUAGAAGCAGGCGUUUCUAGUACGAGAGAUAUUAAUAAAAAUAAACAAAUUAAUGAUAUCAAUAUUAAUGUCAAAAAGAAACAGAAAACGCAUGCAAAACAAAAUCUAGAAUUAGAUAAACAUACAAUAGAAAGUGUAAAACCAAAAUUAAUUGCACCGACAACAGAAGGAGGUACGAUGGAUGUAGACGAGACAAGCGCUUCUAACGAUCACGGUACGAAAGAUAUUGAUGCAAACAAACGGAUUAUUGAUGCAAAUAUUAAUGUUAAAAAGAAACAGAAAACUCAUGCAAAACAAGAUGUAGAAUUAAGUAAACAAACAAUAGAAGGUGUAAAACAAAAAUUAAUUGCACCGACAACAAAAGUACGUAUGAUGGAUGUAGACGAGACAGGCGCUUCUAACGAUCACGGUACGAGAGAUGCAAAUAUCAAUGUUAAAAAGAAACAGAAAACUCAUGCAAAACAAGAUGUAGAAUUAAGUAAACAAACAAUAGAAGGUGUAAAACAAAGAUUAAUUGCACCGACAACAAAAGUACGUAUGAUGGAUGUAGACGAGACAGGCGCUUCUAACGAUCACGGUACGAGAGAUGCAAAUAUCAAUGUUAAAAAGAAACAGAAAACUCAUGCAAAACAAGAUGUAGAAUCAAGUAAACAAACAAUAGAAGGUGUGAAACAAAAAUUAAUUGCACCAACAACAGAAGUACAUACAAUGGACGUAGACGAGACGGGCGCUUCUAACGAUCGUAGUACGGGAGAUAUUGAUGCAAAUAUUAAAGUCAAAAAGAAACAGAAAACUCAUGCAAAACAAAAUGUAGAACUAAAUAAACAAACGAUAAAAGGUGCAAAACAAAAAUUAAUUGCACCAACAGAAGUACGUACAGUGGAUGUAGACAAGGCAGGUGCUUCUAAUGAUCAUAGUACGAGAGAUAUUGAUGCAAAUAUUAAUGUCAAAAAAAAACAGAAAACUCAUGCAAAACAAGAUGUAGAACUAAAUAAACAAACAAUAGAAGGUGUAAAACAAAAAUUAAUUGCACCGACAACAGAAGUAGGUACGAUGGAUGUAGACGAGACAGGCGCUUCUAAUGAUCAUAGUACGAGAGAUAUUGAUGCAGAGAAAUGGAUUAUUAAUGUCAAUAUUAAUGUCAAGAAGAAACAGGAAACGGAUCUAGAACUAAAUGAACAAACAAUAGAAGAUGUAAAACAAAAAUUAAUUGCAUCGCUCACAGAAAUAGAUAUGAUGGAUGUAGACGAGAUAGGCACUUCUAACGAUUCUAAUAUGAGAUGUAUUGAUGUAAAUAAACAGAUUAAUUUAAAAAAGAAAACAGAUGCGAAACGAAGUAUAGAGUUAAUACAACAAACAAUAGAGAGUGUAAAACAAAAAUUAAUUGCACCAACCAUAAAAGUAGAUGCGAUGAAUACAGAUAAGACAAGUUCUUCUAACGAUCGUAAUACUAGAGAUGUUAAUAGAAGCAAACAUAUUACUGAUGAUAAAAAGAAAACAGAUGCGAAACAAAGUAUAGAAUUAGUUAAACAAACAAUAGAAAGUGUAAAACAAAAAUUAAUUGCACCGACCACAGAAGUAAAUGCGAUGGACGUAGAUGAGCCAAGCUCUUCUGACGAUUUCGACAUCAGUAGUAUUGAUAGAAGCAAACAGAUUACUGAUAUCAAUAUUGACAAAAACAAACAGAAAACAAAUGUGAAACAAGAUACACAGUUAAAUAAGCAUACGUUAGAAAGUAUAAAACAAAAAUUAAUUGCAAAGUCCCCAAAAAGACUGAUUUCAAUAGAACCAUUAAAUUUACCUACAAGAAGAAGACGAUCUGAUCAUAGUAAAGACAAAGCAACAAAAGUACAUGAAACUUCACAAUCAAGGGUAACAAUAAAAGAAAAGAGCGUAUCGAAAUUAAAAGAAAAACUUAAAUAUAAUUUUCAUAGUAAAGAACGAAAAGAGAAUACGGACCGCAAAGAUAAAUCUAAAUCGGUAACUGAUAAUUCCCCGUCAAGUGAGGCAAAAUUAAUUUCUAAGGACGAAAAAAAGAAAAUAAUCGAACAGAGAAAGAUGAAAUUGAAGGAGAUUGCUGCAGAAGAGAAGAAACUGACGACCGAAAGCGAUCAAAGUACUAAACGUAGGAAUAAACCAAGAGCUAAAGUAUCCUUUAAAACUCGUGGCGAUUUUCUCAUUACUGAACAAGAACCACGAGUAUCUAAAUCGCUUCCAGAUAAACCCGCAGAAUUAUCAAAAUUAAGUGAUCAAUCUAAGAAGCAAUCAAGAGAUACAACUAAUGUAUUAAAAGAAUCCACAAUUUCCGACAAGAAGGCACAGAAUUGUCAAAAAACGGACGUUUCUAAGGAUACAGUAAAUAACAUUGCCGCAUCAUUGCAACAUUCCUUAUGUUUAAACAAUAUAAACACUGAGAAAAGUACACUAGAUUUCAAAGCGACCGAUGAUAAUAAAAAGAAACGUAGCAGUAGCAAGGAUAUUACAAAAAGGAGCAAUAUUAAUACUGAUCCUACUUUUCAAGUGUCAGAAUUGCGAGAUAGAUCGACCGAACGUAGUUCUGUAAUACAAAAAGAAAAUUUUUCACCAAACGGUUUGAAAUCGAAGCUUUUAAAGUCGAGCAUAAAACUGAAGAAAAUGAAAAAAGUGACUUUUUCUGACAGACCCGAAAUACGGGAAUACAACAUCGACCAAGACAAUUCUUUAAGGAGAUUGGUAGGGAAAGAUGCACCUAUACCUACGAAUAAAUUAAAAAAAUCUGUAAUCUGUGCAGAUUGGCGCCCGAAACUGGAAGAGUUCCUACUUCGCAUUUUUACGUGGAAUCCUGUGUGGCUCGAAGAACAGCGCUAUCUAAAGUGCGAUCCGCCAAUAAUAUUGGAGAACGAACUUCGGGCUAUGAAACUAUCUUACGAUUCUUAUGAACAGUAUUAUGAAGUCGCGAUGCCUCUUCUAUUACUCGAAAUGUGGUACAUCAUGACUAAAGAUUUCGAAUUGAAUCAGAGGAAUAUGCAACGUACUACCGUAAUGUGUUCUAUAGUUGAGAAUUCUAUUACGCGCACCCCUAUACCGUCGACUAAUUUAUUCUUGACGAAAUUAACUCUUGAAGUGCUAGUCAAUAGAGAAGAUUUUAAUAAACGAAAUCAUCCUAUUUACGGAGAUCUGGUAUAUUUUGAGUAUGUCAAGAAUGAACAUGGUAAACAAAUCUUUCACAAGAUAUUCGCGUAUGUCAUCAACAUGCAGCAACACAUGGUUAUCCCAGGCUCCACAUAUUAUAAUAGCGAUUUAAAGAAUUAUGUAAAAGAUCCAUAUACAAUUAUAAAAUACAGCGUGUGGACACGACCUCUUGAACACAUCAUCGUAAAUAGAGUGCAAAGGCUACGAACGGUCACGUAUUUGCGAUCGAAUAUCAGAAUGGUGCAGGCAUUACAAUAUCUCCCUCAUUCACCCUUGUCAAAAUUGAUUGUGAAUCCGAAAAUUGAAGACUAUCAAUUACCACCACUAAAUGAAGAAUUUACAUCUUCUUCACUAGUAACAAAAGAUGAUUUAAAUUCGAAGCAAUUAGAGGCUGUAUUUCGAGUGACGAAUGCUGUAAUAAAGAAAGAGGCUAAAUUAUGCUUUAUUCAGGGCCCACCGGGGACGGGUAAGUCUAAAGUUAUUGUAAAUCUGGUUACUCAAAUAUUAUAUGGUGAAUGUCAAGACAAGAAAUCUUUGAGAAUCCUGAUUUGCGCACCAUCUAACGCUGCUAUUGAUGAAAUCGUGAUAAGACUUCUACAUAUCAGAUCUACCCUAAAACAGAAACGUUUUAAUAUGGUACGCAUUGGUCAAUCAGAGUCUAUGCAUCCAAAGAGUAAAGACAUUUCUGUACCACAAAUAGCGAAACGCCACCUAAUAAACAUAAGUAAAGGUAUAAAAACAACGAAUAACAACAUUGAAGAUUUAUCAAUUUUACAAGCGCAUAUUAAUUCGUUUAACGCCGAACUUGGAAGUAUCCAAAGCGUACAAGAAGGAAAGAGGUAUUCACUCAAAAACAAAUUAUUUGAAACAACGAUGAAAUACGAACUUAUGAAAUCUAAUAAAUCAAUAGACGAGCUCAAUUCAAAGGAGCGCGCCAGGUACCAGCGUAUGUCAGAAGACAUAGUUCUUCAGGGUGCCAAUAUAAUUGCCUGUACACUUUCAUCUUGUUACACUAAUCAGAUGGAAUCGCUUUUUGGCGGUCACAAGGAAAGGAUAUCUGUAUGCAUCGUUGAUGAAGCGACGCAGAGUUGCGAAGCAGAGACUUUGAUACCAUUAAUGUUAGGGGUGACUACAUUGGUUCUAGUAGGCGAUCCAAAUCAACUACCAGCAACCAUUCUAAGCCAACGAGCGAAGAAAUUAGGAUUAGAUCAAUCGGUAUUUUCUAGGAUGCAAAACAUUUUCACGUCUCAGUUGAAUAAUCCAAUUAUAAUGUUGGACAUGCAGUAUCGUAUGGAGUACGCGAUCUCGUAUUGGCCUAAUAGAUACUUCUAUGAUGGUAAAUUGAAAAACGCUACCGAUUAUAGAUUGCAAUUUCCAUUUCAUGCAUACAGAGUUUUGGAUCAUAACUUCACUCAGAACCGUGAUAAAUUUUCCAACACCACUGAAGCGGAAUUUGUGGCCAAUAUAAUUUAUACAAUGUUGAAGUGCGCCAAAUGGGAAUCAACAAAUGCUAUUAUUACUCUCGGAAUUCUCACACCGUAUAAUAAUCAAAGAACUCUUGUACUAAAUAAAAUAAACGAAAAGAUAUCGUCUGUACCGGAUGACGUAAAAAAGAAAAUUACCUUUGAAGUUAAUACGGUCGACAGUUUUCAAGGUCAAGAGCGAGAUGUUAUAAUAAUGUCCUGUGUGAGAAGCAGCGGUAUUGGAUUUUUAUCAGACAAACAAAGACUUUGUGUAGCACUUACAAGAGCUAAACAUAGUUUAAUAUUAUGUGGAAAUUUUCGUACUUUCAUGAAAGAUAAAAUGUGGAAUGCAUUGUUAACUGAUGCACGAAAUCGUGGAAUUCUAUGUCGUAUGGAUACUAAUGCAACAACUAGUAUGAUUGAAAAAUGUAUCAUUAAGUAAAGUACUCAUUUGUAAAGUUUUACUGAAUAUUGUAAUUACUUCUUUAUAUGGUUUGUAUAUUUUGUAAAUAUUUAGGCUAAGUUUAAAUAUUU